CAGGGAGGCUGUCACACCGGAUGUGAAGGCCCUCUCACAACAAGGCUUCAUCAUCCGGAAGUAAAGAUACAUCGGCACAUACCAUACCAGGUACAAACCGCACAUAGUGCAGGGUUAACCAAAUUCAGCCGGAUCUAGCAACUGUCUCCGUCUACGGUAGUCCCACACAAACUCCUUGACAGAGUUCUCAGUGGUACCUAGCUUACACGGCUUGGUGGUUGCCCAACCUCGCGGCCUUUCUAUGGAUUUCCUGCGGACCAUUCUUCACUUCCCGUUGUUGUAACGCCGUCAACUCCCAAGGGCCCAUCCCUCUCCGUUUUUGGGUACCCUGCAGUUCAGGUGAUAUGGCAGCCAACCAUGUCAUUGCAAACAUAUCCAUCUCUUCCGUUGGGUUCUCUGCCUACCUCUACCAGGCUACAGGGCCCUGGUGGUCUUCCUGCCCUUCUGCUCCUGUCUUGCAUAUGUAUAAUAAACCACUUUCCCGUUCCUACUGCAGGCCUUUUGUCUUUCUUUCUGUUUCCCAGCCUUCUCGGUCAAGCAUCUCCCAGCCAGCCUCCUCACUCAAAGUGACUCCUUCGCUAAGGUUACUUAAGCCCCUCGUUCGCUCAACCCGUCCUCACGAUAUCUGAACAUAUCAGACCCUCGUUACAAACCUCACACUUCAACAACCUUUAGGCGACAAGAUGAAGACCGCUCUAUCCCUAUUUGCCUUGGUCUCCUCAACCCUUGGAGCCAACAUUCCUAGAGGUUGGGGUCAUGGUGGUGAUCACGUUAGCUAUACUACCGAGGUGAUUGUUACUUACACGACUGUCUGCCCCGAAACGACCACGAUCACCAAAGGUGGUGAGACUAUCACCAAGACGUACACUACCACCAGUACCGUAGAGACAAAGGUUCCCACCGUCAUCACCGUUACCGACGUUGCUCCCCCAGUAACCAAGACGGAUGAAGCCAUCAUUUACACCACUAUCACUGAGCUAUGCCCCGUCACUGAAACCAAGGUAGUCGGCGGCUCUACUGUAGAGGUUGUCUGGACAUCCACCUCCACCCUUUACACCAAGGUCCCUCAUACCGAGACCGUCUACACUACUUCAGUUGCGACGGAGUAUGAACACACCAACGUUUACGAGACGGUCGUCUGCCCCGAGACGGUUGUUACCACCGUCUCCAAGGGUGAAACCGUCUACAUAACCAAGACCAAUACCAUUACCACGGCCGUCACCGAGGUUCACACCUACACCACCGUGAUCCCCCAGACCAUCACCAAGGCUGUGGAUGUUACCAUCCCCAUUACCAAGAGCGCGGGCGUUGUUGAGACCAAGUACUCGACUAUCAUCGUUUCUGCGAACAACACCAUCUACACUUCCAUCGCUCCUCCUCCUACCACCGUCAUCCUUCCCACUACCUCAACCGUGGGAUCUUCGCCUAUCGGUGAGACCAGCGCCGCUGCUCCCCCUGUUGAGGGUGUGGCCAACGUUGUCAUGCAGAAGAGCCCAUUGGUGGCACUGAUUGCCGGUCUCUUUGGCGUUAUUGCUUUCCUCUAGACUAGAGUUUAGUCUCGGAAGCUGGGAUGGAAAACGGUUAAUGAUACUAACGACGCUCCUUUACGAUACCCUUCUAUUCACAUACUGCACGAGGAUACGAUCUCACGUCCAGCAUUUUACAUUUUGUGGGGAGGAAAAGGCAAUGGUGGGAGGAUAUUUCGUUUGUUUUUAAGGAUACCGGAGGAGAUCUGGAUGGAGGAGUUGAGAAAUGUUUACAUGAUGGAUGACUUCACGGCCAGGUUGCUAUCGGAUCCGGACUCUCCUGAGACAUGGAGAACUCAAAGGGAUUGGUUAACUGGCUGCGAAAAGGACAUAAUGAAGAUACCAUACCAUUCAAUUGUUUAUAUUAAAUAGAAUUCCUCUCGGGGUUUAUCCUGGAGUUUUUAUUCGAAAGCUUCCAAGUAUCG